AUGGUCAACUCAACAAACUUAGUUUUUAACAUGUUGUUGAUGCACUCGCAUCCUUUCAGAGCACAUGAGGAUUGUAUCGGUGCCCCCGCCGCAGAGGAGGCCACUCCCAAUUGCCAAUGGCUGCAGGGUAAAUACCAAGCAUGCUUGGUUGUUGCUGUGCGUGUCAAUCCUCGCGUAUCCAUCUCUUCGAGACCGACCAAACGUCUCAAACCACCCAUGUUCGAUUCAGCCUUGCUCUUCUGUUUCUUUUCCAAUCGUUUAAUAUUGUUUCGUGCUAUGAUCACCUGUUCCGCAUCAUCGACUACUGCAUAUAGUUCAAACACAGCAUCAGCAGAACGGUCGUGCCACAGGGCAUUCCAUGCACACACCAACAUGCAGCUAUCGGUGCCGUGGAUGUAG